AUGUUCCAGGUAAUCCAGCCAGAGAGGGCUCUCUACAUCCAGGCCAAUAACUGUGUGGAGGCCAGGGACUGGAUAGACAUCCUGACCAAGGUCAGCCAGUGCAACAGGAAGAGACUGAGCACAUACCACCCCUCAGCUUACCUCAACGGUCACUGGCUCUGCUGCAAGAUGUCUGCCGACACAGAACCAGGCUGUACACCCUGUACUGGGGGCCUCCCAGCCAACAUUCAGCUGGAUGUGGACGGAGACAGAGAGGCUGAGAGAAUCUACUGCCUGUUCAGCACGAACAUGAACAAACUGGUCAACAUGCAAGAGGCCUGUGGCAGUAGAUCGGUAUAUGACGGCCCAGAGCAGGAGGAGUAUUCCUGCUUCCUCAUCGACGAUCCCCGGGAGACCUAUAAGACCCUGAGAGUCAUCAUCUCCUCUGUUCAGACACUGGAGCAGCAGCACACCAAGUACAAACGAGACAUGUUCAGGAAGACCAAGAUCGGCAGCCAGGAUCAUCCAAUCGGAGACAAGAGUUUUCAGUGUUACAUCCACCAACAGUCUGAGAGCUCCACCUACUCCAUCUAGCCCCGCCCACCAACCACUGCCAUGAAGCGCAGAGCUCCGCCCCCGAUGACCUGAGACCUAGCAACACUUCCUGGUUACUCCUGGUCCACGGCUUCCCAUGGUGCAUCUUUCAGAACACGGACACUCAGAGCCGAGGUCUAAUGGAAGAGUCUAUGAUGAUGUGCUACAACACAAUGGACUGUUGGUGUACCAGUGACCACGCACUUUAACCCACAACGGACAUAAAGCUACUGCCUCGUUCUGAAACAAUCGCCCCACAACGGACAUAAAGCUACUGCCUCGUUCUGAAACAAUCGCCCCACAACGGACAUAAAGCUACUGCCUCGUUCUGAAACAAUCUCCCCACAACGGACAUAAAGCUACUGCCUCGUUCUGAAACAAUCGCCCCACAACGGACAUAAAGCUACUGCCUCGUUCUGAAACAAUCGCCCCACAACGGACAUAAAGCUACUGCCUCGUUCUGAAACAAUCUCCCCACAACGGACAUAAAGCUACUGCCUCGU